AAAUCUGUCCCUUACUUGUAGUGCAGAAUAUCUUUACAAGAAUUGUAAACUGUGUGCAGAUCAUUUUGAGGACUGCAUGUUCACCAGCAUGGAAAAGAAGAGAUUAAAUCCUCAGAGUAAGCCAACUCUAUUCAAAAUUCCAAAUCCUCCACCCCAAAUUGGGAAAAAACGAAGCGCAAUUGAAAGAAAAGAAAUUCAAUAUGUUCCAUCAGCAAAGAAAUCUCAACAUGAAGAAAUAGCCAAUGUUACAGGAAUAAGGGAAGAGCAACUUAGCAAAGAGUGCAACAAUAAGCAUGGUGAAAGUUUUAACAUUGAUGAGAUGGAAGAAGAAAAUAAAACAAUGGAAGGCAACCAAGUUUAUGAUGUUCCAACGAAUCAAUCAAACGAAAAUGAAGAAGACAAUCCACCUGAGUGUUCAAAACGAGAUUUCAGUGGUCAAACAAACCAAUCUCUCUCAAAUAACACCCCUAGGAAGAGAAAACAAAAAACAAGAAUUCAAACUAAGAAAAAAAAUACGAAGGCUGAGCAGAAAGAUUAAAAAUCUGGUGAAAGAGGAUAUCG